UUUGGGGUGACAUAUGACCUAGAGUCAUUUUUUGUGAGCUGCACAAAUUCUUGCCAGAACACUUAACAAUGCACCGAGUUUAACACUGCAGGCAGCUCCGUGUUUUCUGACAUGCGCAGUUGUUGUGCAGAGCAGCUCUUCAGCCCCUCCCCCUCCUGUCAGACUCGGUGGUCACAUGACUCACUUCCUGCAUAAACAAAGCUUGCCUGGGCUUCAUUCUGCCACUGGGUUGGACGGCAAGAUUCAUUUUAAAAUGGCGCAAGCUGGGGUUUUCCUGGAGCACGACCAGUUCAACUGUUCCAUAUGUCUGGAUGUCUUAAAGGACCCUGUGACUAUUCCAUGUGGACACAGUUAUUGUAAAGGCUGCAUUAAAGGCUACUGGGACCAGGACGACUGUCUGGGGAGUUAUGGCUGUCCUCAGUGCAGGCAGAGCUUCGCUCCCAGACCUGUGCUGGGCAGGAACACAAUGCUGGCAGAUGUGGUGGAGAAACUGAAGAAGACAGAGCUGCAUGCUGGACCGACAGCGUCUGAUCCGACCCAAGCCGAACCCGGGGAUGUGGAGUGUGAUGUUUGCUCUGGGAUGAAAAACAAAGCCUUUAAAUCCUGCCUGGUCUGUCUGGUGUCUUACUGCGAGACCCACCUUCAACCCCACUACGAGUCUCCUGCCUUUCAGAAACACAGGCUGGUCUCUCCUUCAAAGAAGAUACAAGAACAGCUCUGCUCUCGCCACGAGAAACUCCUGGAGGUGUUUUGCCGCACAGAUCAGCAGUGUAUUUGUUAUCUUUGUUUAACGGACGAACACAAAGGACAUGACACUGCUCUAGCUACAACAGUAAUGAAUGAGAAAAGGAAUGCUCUGGUGGAGAUGCAGAGGAUUUCCCAGCAGAGGAUUCAGGAGAAAGAGAAGGAGCUGGUCGACCUGAGAGAGGCUACACAGAUACUCACUCUCUCCGCACAGACGGCCCUCGAGGAGAGCGAGCGCAUCUUCACAGAGCUGGUGUGCUCCAUAGAGCGCCGGCGCGCUGAAGUGACGGAGCUGAUCCGGGGUCAGGAGAGGGCGGCAGUGAGCCAAACUGAAGCACUCCUUCAACAACUGGAGCAGGAGAUAACAGAGCUGAAGAAAAGACAUGCUGAAUUAGGAGAGCUCUCGCAGACCGAGGACCAUAUCGCCUUCCUUCAGAACUGCAGGUCUCUGUGUGCUCAGCCUGUGCCUGUUGACUUGCCAAACAUUACCUCUGACCCAAACUUUGGGAGCAUGAUGACGGCACUAACAGAGUUCCAGGCUCUCCUCGAGGACGUCUGCCAGGGAGCAUUGGUCAAUAUCUCCGAGAAAGUGAAUGACGUUACUAUUAUUCAGAGCACCAAACCAAAGACAGAUUCAGAUUCUAAUGCAGGUAGGAGUCCAUCAAAUUAAAAAUGCAUUAAAUUAAGUCUAGCAUGUACAAACCUAGGGAGCAUUUUUGAACCACCAUUUUUGGUUCCACGAAGAACCUUUCAGCGAUCAGUUCUUAAAAGAGCCAUUAUUGUCUUAGUUUUUUGAUAUUUGUGAUGCUGUUUUAGUUCACCAAAACAAGGUGUCAUAAUUGCCUACAUUUUGCAGCCAUUUAAUCUCGAGCGCA